UCGUCGAUUUCGCGAUCGUCGGCAGACAAGGGACGACAGAAACCGCGCGUUGGAACGCCAAGAGACGGCGUGUCGCGAACGCGAUUCAAGUUCUCGCUUUGUCGCGGACGCGACGCGCCGACGUCGUGGCGUUCAGCGUGCACGCGCGCGUGGAUAAAAAAUCGAAUGUCGCGAAGUUGCUCGCUAAUCGGUCGGAUAAACGGAACGCGCGGGGAAGUUGCGCGCUAGUCGAUCGGGGGCAGGUGGAAAACGCGCGCGGGAUAAAGGCGUGCGUGCAGAAUCGAACGCGGCGAAGUUGUGUGCCAGUCGAUCGGGCAAAAGGAAAGCGCGCGGCAGAAAAUGUGAAACGCGCACACGCACGGCGAAAACUCGGCGCGGAGAUUGUCGACGAGAAAGGUGUGACGCCGAUCGAGCGUAUCUGGCAACGGUGAAGUGACGAUGAGAGCUGCGGAAAGGACGUGCGACCCGCAACAGUGCGCGGACGACGGGCAAGUCGACAGAUCGCUCUAUCUGCUCUUUGAGGACAUAUCGUAUAGCGUGCGGAAAGGGAUCUUGACAAAAGGGAGAAAACAAUUAUUGAGUGAUCUUAAUGGCGACUUUCGACCGGGCGAACUCACAGCUAUUAUGGGUCUUUCUGGCGCUGGAAAAUCCACAUUAAUGGACAUCCUGGCAGGUUUCACGACAACUUCGGUCACUGGUAGGAUCAUGGUGAAUGGACGAGAACGAAAUAUAUCAGAGUUUCGUAAAUUAUCUGCGUACAUAAUGCAGGACGAUAAUCUACAACCACUUUUAACAGUGCAGGAAGCUAUGCUUAUUGUUGCCGAUCUCAAGCUCGGAUUAAAUUAUCGCGAGAAAUCACAAAAGAUCGACGAAAUAUUAAUAGCGAUGGGCCUCGACGAGUCUCGUUAUACGAUUACCAGCAAACUUAGCGGGGGACAAAGAAAAAGACUCGCCAUUGCACUCGAACUGAUGAGCAAUCCACCAGUCAUGUUUCUUGAUGAACCCACGAGCGGUUUAGAUAGCACUUCUUCAAAACAAUGCCUAGCACUUUUAAAGCAAUUAGCACGAGAAGGACGAACCAUUAUCUGCACGAUUCAUCAACCGAGCGCGAUCCUUUUCAACAUGUUGGAUCAUCUUUACGUGGUUGCUGACGGCAAUUGUGUUUACACGGGCAGUACGCACAAUUUGGUGCCUUAUCUAAACAGUGUAGGAUUACACUGUCCAACGCAUUACGAUCCUGUUGAUUUCUUGAUGGAGAUAUGCAACGGCGAUUAUGGUCCUUAUAUAUCUAAGCUGGUAGAAUCGAUCGAGAAUGGUAGGAGUUCUGUAUGGAGAUCUACAUCGAAAAUCUUUUACUCGGAUACGUGCAAAGAAAUUAUUACAUCACAACAGAUGGCAAAGAGAUUGUAUUCCUUCGAAACGGAAUUCACCCAAACUCCAUAUUACACUGCUAACUUCUGGAAACAACUUUGUGUUCUUAUCAAAAGAAACUCCAUUAGAUUAUUUCGCGAUAAGGUCUUUGCGCUUUUACGGAUCACCCUGCACUUAGCGAUUGCUUUGAUUGUCGGCACGUUGUACUUCAAAAUCGGUCAAAACGCUGAUUAUGUUUUAGACAAUUAUAGACUAUUAUAUUACAACAUCAUGUUUCUCGUAUAUAGUGCAUUUAGCGCCACAAUGGUCACAAUUCCUUUGGAUUUACCAAUACUUAAACGUGAACACUUUAAUCGUUGGUACAAACUACAGUCGUACUAUAUAGCGGGCAAAUUGGUUGAUUUUCCAGUCCAAUUUAUUGCCACGUUCAUCUAUACAGUCAUAGUGUAUUACAUGAGCGAUCAACUUUCUGAAAGCAGAAGAUUUGGGCUGUACAUGCUCAUGUGCUUUAUAGCCAGUCUGGUUGGUCAAACAACUGGAUUCAUCAUAGGGUCUGCACUAAAAGUCCAAGAUAGCGUAAUUUUUGGGCCGUUUGCAAUUAUGCCAUUCCUUUUGCUCAGCGGUUUCUUCGUGUCCGCUAAAGACGUGCAUCCCUAUUUACGGUGGCUGUUUGACAUUUCGUUCUUUAAAUAUGCUUUUGAGGGAGUAUUGUUGGCGAUUUAUGGCUACGAUCGGGCGAAAUUGAAAUGCUCGAAGAUUUACUGCCACUACGCUGUUCCUAAAAAAUUCCUCAUGGAAUGGGGUAUUGAGGACAUAAAUUAUUGGUUCAAUAUAAUAAUACUGAUAGUGGUGUGUAUUGUUUUGGAUAUUCUCGCAUAUAUUAUAUUAAACGUAAGAAUCAAGAAACGCUUAUAAUAUAAUACACCUUGAGAUAAAACUUGAUAUAGUUUUUACAAUUACAUAUGGUAGACGUGUAAAUAAAGUUUAGUGAGUUCGCUUGUUAAGAUUAACUCGUUUCUUGUAAUCCAUGUGAUGCGCCAUACAUGCACUUGUAAUAUAUGUAAAAAAAAACUAAUUAUAGUAAUUGUUACAAUAUUGUGCUACAGUUGAUAAAAUAAAACAUGUACACUUUGAUAAA